AUGGUGAGAAACGGCAAAGGCUCCCCCAAAUCCAAGGCUGCUACUGGUACCAGCGAGCAGAAAGAAUCUGAAGAGUUUGAUAUCUUGGAAGUGGUCAAAUCGCGUUCGUUAGAGUCUAUUGAGGAGUGCCCUCCGAAAAGCCCAAGUUAUGAGUCUCAAGACCUAGACGAUGACAUGGUGAUGGAGAAGAAGAAGGAGGCCAUCCAUCGGCUUCCAAGAAAUGAAACCUUGAACGAGACUGACGGUGAGGACUCAAUCGGGAUGGAGGUAACCCAGCAGAGGGCCAGUGCUGCUUCACUGCCAGUGGCAGAGGCCGCCUCCAGUGGACGACUCUCAGAUGGAGCGGCAAAAUUGAGAGUGGCCGGAGCAAAGAAGCAACAUCAGGAUUUCUGGAAGGUUCAGAUGCAGCCUGCUGCCGCAGCAACCUCCACACAUAAUCUGGAACGCAACGAGAUGAUUACCAGGACGGGUAGUACUGACGAAGACUCUCUUGUGAUGGAGGUUGUCCAGCAAAGGGCCAGUGCAGCCUCACUGGAAUUGGCAGAUGCAGGCAGAGUUGCCACCAGUGGACGACUCUCGGAUGGAGCUGCAAAAUUGAGAGUGGCCGGAGCAAAGCAGCAGCCUGCAGCAGCUGCUGCCAAUUCCACACAUAAACUGGAACGCAACGAAGUUAUGACCAUGAGGGACAGUAUUGGCGGAGACUCUCUGGUUAUGCAGGUAGUCCAGCAGAGGGCCAGUUCCGCUUCCUUGGAAAUGGUACAAAGAGGAAACUCCUCCAAGGCAUCUCUAGUAACUGCACAAGAGCAAUCCCAACCAGGAGCCUACAUGGGAUCGCCAGGAAGGCAACCAAGUCGAGUUCGUAGUCUGAGAUUCUCGCUAGUCGGACAAGGAGACUCUGCUGCUCUCGCCCUCCAAGUGCCAGAAGGAUUUGCCGGCCAAUCAGGCGACGAUAUUCGUGGAAGCAAAAUGUCCGAAAAGUCUUCCGUUCUCUUCGAUGGAACUGAGCACACGGUUGGAAUGACGGUUCGUACUGCUUCUGACCUGUUUGCGGAGAAGGAUACAACAUCCCUUGAUUUGGAAGCAGGAAGAAGAGCCAGAGGACACAACCCGACAAAUAUCUGGAAGCACAUUGCGCUCGGUGGUGCACUGGCUCUCUUGGCGGUCAUCGUGGCUCUUGUUGUGGUGGUUGUUUUGCUCAAACAACAGCAACAGCCAAGUCAGCAAGCCGAAAACAAUCAGACACCUACAAUAGCACACUCCGCCGCCAUGAAGGAAUUGGCAAUUCGAAGCGCAUUGGCGAGUCACGUUGGUGAACACAUUUUGAAUGCAGAAGACACUCCGUAUCAAGCAGCAAUGGAUUGGAUAUUGCAUAAGGAUCCCAUGCAGUUGGAUGUUUUUAGUGGGAACUUGAUUCAACGAUAUGUGUUGGCUCUGUUUUACUACAAGACAUCCCAAGGAGGCCCUUGGAUAUCCUGCAACCCUCCAGAGGAAGGCAAAGACAACACCUGCUUUGUCAAUGAGUUCGCUAAGAAUCAGACAGGUGAUAUUGUUUAUCAGAAACUGGAUGAACCUGAUGCCCGAUGGUUGUCCGAAAAGCAUGAAUGUGAAUGGGCAAUGGUUCAAUGUAGUCCUGGAAGAGACCAAUCUGUUGUUGGGCUUGACAUCUUGGGACAAGAUUUGAGUGGAACCAUGCCAGAGGAGCUGAGAUACUUGAAGCAGCUCCGGUGGCUCAGCCUAAGCCACAAUCCCCUUACAGGGACGAUUCCUGCGGUUUACGGUGAAAUACCUUACCUCACCAUCUUUAAAGCCACACAGACCUUUAUCACCGGCCAAAUCCCUGCAAGCUUCUUGGAUCAGCCCAACUUGUCUGAGCUCUCCCUAUCACAUACCCUGAUUACUGGAACCAUACCUCCAGAGAUUGGUGGCUUAUCAAGGUUGAAGCAUCUUUUCCUCUUUGACACGGCAAUUUCAGGUUCCCUGCCAACAGAGAUGGGCCUUCUGGAAGAUGUCCAAAAUUUGUGGUUGUUUGACAACAGACAACUGUCAGGCGCCCUUCCUUCAGAGCUUGGUAAGCUCAGCUUGUUGGACAUGCUGAAGCUUGGUGCCAAUAACCACACUGGACCCAUACCCUCUGAGCUUGGCGACCUGGGCCACCUGGAGGAAUUCUCACUCACUGGUAAUGACAUGGGUGGCACUCCGCUCCCAGAAGAAAUCUGGAGCUGGUCCAGUUUGCAAUUGUUUGACAUUUCCCAGUCAAAUUUUGGUGGCACUAUCAGCACUCAAAUUGGCCAAAUGACGUCCCUACAGGGCCUCAAAGCCGCUGGUAAUGACUUCUCUGGCACUUUGCCCUCGGAAAUAGGAUUGCUCUCCAACCUACAGUUGCUUUGGUUGCACAGAAAUGAAGAGCUUGAAGGUGAAAUGCCCAGUGAAGUGUGCCAGCUGCGAGGACUGUCCGCUUUGCAAAUUCUGUAUGCAGAUUGUGGUGGAAGUAACCCUCAAAUUUCUUGUCCAUCAGGAUGCUGCACAGGAUGUUGUGACAAUGAGGGCAGUUGUGGAGCUGUCUAG